AUGGCAUACCGUCGUCAAACGUCGAAAUUAUGUGUUCGUCUAACAACUCAGGAAAGUGACGCUAUCAAUGAACAAUUACGAAACUAUCAGCCAGGCGUAUCUGAUAAAUUAAAGCACACCGUUUAUAUGAUGGUAUUAGCUCAAAAUCAAUUUGUUGAAGAAUACAAACAAGCAAAUAAUAUCAGAGAUUUUGAUUAUCAAGAUCCGAAUGUUGAAGUACUAUUAGAACUAUGCGAUUUUGAAAUCGAACGUUAUGAUAGAUUUAGACAAUUUCGAGAUAAUAGUAUUGUUUAUGAAGAUAACACAAAUGAUUUUCUGAGAAAUUCAUAUUCAAAGGACGAAUUGUUAUAUUCAAUUCAAAAAUAUAUCGAUGGUGGAAGGACAAAGUCACGAACCGAUUAUAAACUAUACCUUAAAUCUAUUCAAAAAAAUCCUGAACGAGUUCAAUUUUUUAAAGACAAAGGAUUGUCCGAUGAUGAAGCAUUUUGCUGUGCAUUAACAUUAUCAUAUUAUACAGGUUAG